GGUGACGCGACUCAGUUCACGGUUGUAACUGUGUUAUUAGUUGCACUAUGGACUUUCCACAGACCCUUUGAUGAAAGGAUUAUACGUUGCUAUUUCCAAUAAAUAACAAGCCAGAGCAAUGAUCUGCAUACUGUUAGUUGCAGGGCACGGUACGGUUUUGGAGACUCAAAUUAAGAGUGAUGUCUCGGGUCUGUAUGCUCAUCUGACCGGUGUCCCCAAAGCUCUGCUACCUGGAGUCGGGGGAAAGAAAAUAUUGGAUUUCUGGUGGGAAGCUGUCAACACCCGUCAGCUCUUCAGUGAAGUCUAUCUGGUGACAAAUGCUGACAAAUACAAACACUACGAACGAUGGGCAACAGCAAAUGACUUUCCAGUGGAGAAUGUUGUGAAUGAUGGCAGCACUACUUUGGAUGACAGACUAGGUGCUGUUGCGGAUGUUGAGUUGGCCAUCCGAAGCCGACAGCUACAAGAUGACAUUAUGGUGAUCGCAGGAGACAUGCUUUGUUCUGAUCAGAACUUUGAUAUAGCUCAAGUCAUUCGCUUUUUCAGGUCUAAGCCUGGAGAACUUGCUAUAUAUUAUGAGCUGGAGUCAGGAGAGAAGAGCUAUUCCAGAGGCAUUGUUGAAGUUUGUCCAAACACUCAUCGGGUGACGCGUUUCCUCGAGAAGCCACAGGAGGGCGUCACAGCAUCUCGUCUUGCCAGUGUGGUUUUCUACUGUCUGCGCAAGGAGUCAUUAACGUACAUCUCCGAAUUCCUCAAUAAACACCCAGAUGUUAAAGACAGAACCUUUGGCAAGUUUUGGGAAUGGCUUGUAAAUGAGGAGAAAGUUCCUGUUUACGGAAUGAAGUUACCAACAGGAUUUCAACUAAUUGGACAAGUGGGUUUGUCUGAUUACACAAAAUGGCUCGCUCACUACUCGUCAAAGCAGCAGUUGUCCCCAUCUAAACCCAUUACAUGCCGCUCGUAUGCCAGGGUUGGCCUGAUGGGAAACCCGUCUGAUGGUUUCAAUGGGAAAACUAUUGCUAUGAGCAUCUCUAACUUCUGGGCAGAGGUUACGCUCAUAGAGAGCCAGACUCUGGUUCUUCUUCCUCAUCCUCUAAACGACCCCACAGAAUUUGGAGGCUUGCAGGAUCUCUUUCGGAUAAGCCGGAAAGAAGGGUAUUUGGGAGGUCUGAGACUUCUGCAAGCCACCUGUAAAAAGUUUUACCAAUUCUGCUCAGAACAAGGAAUUGCUCUGUCCAAGCAGAAUUUCACUCUUAAGUAUGACACAAACAUUCCCAGACAAGUGGGAUUAGCUGGCAGUAGUGCUAUUGUGUCUGCCACCUUGAAGUGCCUGAUGAAGUUUUACAACAUCACAGACAAUGAUCUUCCUCAACCCAUCAGAGCCAACUUCAUCCUCAAUGUAGAGACCGAUGAGCUGUUCAUCACAGCUGGUCUACAGGACAGAGUUGUGCAGGUCUAUGAGGGCCUGGUUUACAUGGACUUCAGCAAACAGCUUAUGGAUGAGCGUGGUUACGGAGAAUACAUUCCCUUGGACAUGCGUGAUCUUCCCAUGUUCUGGCUGGCUUACUUGAGCGAUCCAAGUGAUUCUGGAAGGAUUCACAGCAAUGUUAGACAGCGCUGGUUAAACGGUGAACCUGCUGUUGUCGAAGCUAUGAAAGCAUUUGCUGAACUCACAGACCAAUCUCGGGCAGCCUUCCAGUGUAAGGACUGGGCCAGACUUGCACAACUCAUGGAUGAAAACUUUGAGCUACGGCGGUCGGUCUAUACUGAUGACUGCUUGGGGCCUGGAAAUCUAAAAAUGGUACAGCUUGCAAGACAGUUUGGAUCUGCAGUGAAGUUGCCUGGCAGUGGGGGUGCAGUUGUGGGCUUGUGUAUGGAUCAUGAGCGACUGAUGGAGAUGAAGAGGGCUUUCCAAGAGGCAGGAUGUGUGUUUUGUUUGAUCGUGCCUUACGACCCAUCAGUACAGGGUCAGAACUGAUUACCCAGAGGAAAGCUUUUAUUUUAUUAUUAUUUUUUCUCUCACAAAGAAGAUGUGUUGUAAAGGCUCUGCUAGCAGAACAUACUGCCCAAAAUCUUAAUCAGGUCAUCAUUUAUACAUUUUCCUGUUGUCCCCAAACUGUAUGUCUGUCGUUGUUCUGUGGAAAAUAAAUCUAAUCUAUUUUGAGA